GAUGUUGUCUGCGUACAAAACAAAUGUCAAAAAACCAAAAUAAAUACGGGAUACUAUUAAAAUUUACAUAACAUUUGGCUUGAAACCACUGUAUUAUUGUUAAAUAAGUUAAUAUAAUCGAAACUAAAUACAGUUAUUUUCAUCAUGAUGAUGCUUCAAAGGAAUUUACGAAGAAACUCUGUUGUGGUGACGAAAAUAAUCCGAACAUUAGGCGCCGACCGGGGUUACAGUACUAACCAAAUUAAUUCCGAACAAAUUAAAGGCGAAUACGACAUAAUUAUUGCCGGCGGUGGUAUGGUAGGAUGUACUUUAGCAUGUUCUAUGGGCAAAAACAAAAUAUUCUCCAAUUUGAAAGUCCUGCUUUUGGAAGGGAGUCCGGAUAAACCGUUUGAACUGAAGCCUGAAUACAGCAACAGGGUAGUAGCUCUCAACCAGAAUACUAAAGCUCUCAUGAACUCUAUGAACAUCUGGAGUCAUGUGGAGAAUAUGAGACUGCAGCCUGUGAGACACAUGCAGGUAUGGGAUGCCUGCUCUGAUGCAUUGAUAACAUUCAGCAGUUCUGAAAUUAUGGAUGACGAUGUUGCCUACAUAGUAGAGAAUGAUGUUCUACUUCAUGCAGUCAACACUGAGCUGAAGUCGCCGGAAGUGUCCAAUGUGAAUGUGGUCUACGGUGCAAAGAUUGCCAACUACGAGCUGCCAAAAACUGCUAGUGACUCCAGAAGCUUAGUGAGGAUGGGAAAUGGAGAUGUUUAUUCGUGUCAGCUGUUGAUCGGUGCGGACGGUGCCAACUCCGCGGUGCGGCAGGCGAUGGGCGUGCAGAACCUGGCGUGGAGCUACGACCAGAUGGGGGUGGUGGCCACGCUCGAGCUGUCUGAGGAGACAAACAACAUCACGGCGUGGCAGCGCUUCCUGCCGUCAGGCCCGGUGGCGCUACUGCCCUUGAACCCUAGCAUGAGCUCGCUGGUGUGGUCCACAUCGGUGGAACACGCCAAGCAGUUACUGGCGAUGCCUGAAGAGCGGUUCGUGGACGCGCUCAAUGAUGCAUUGUGGAAGCAGUACCCGCGCUCCACACCAGUAGACGCGGCGAUGUCGUGGCUCGGCGACACACUGCGACAGCUGGGCGCGUCGGGCGGCGCCGCGCGACAGCUGCCGCCGAGCGUGCGCCGCGCGCAGCGACGCGCCGCCUUCCCGCUCGCCUUCGGACACAGCACCAGAUACGUGGCCACAGGGACCGCGCUUAUUGGUGACGCGGCGCACCGCGUGCACCCGCUGGCGGGGCAGGGCGUGAACCUCGGCUUCGGGGACGUGAAGCACCUCACCGAGUUCCUGGGAGACGCGCUGUACCAGGGACUUGACGUCGCACACCACAGCUGGCUAGAGAAGUACGAGAGCGUCCGCCAGAAGCACAACAUCCCGACGCAGCUGGCCAUCGAGGCGAUCCACCGCCUCUACUCCGUGGACUUACCCCCCUUCGUGCUCGUUAGGAGCCUCGGCCUCACGCUCACUAACGCGCUCAAACCUGUCAAGAAAUUAAUUAUGGAUCAUGCGGUGGCUACGUAAGGCGAUACUGAUUGUCCAUGGAUUCUCGAACCUAGCCUAACGAUAUAUUGUAAAUAUGUAUUUUUAUUUUUGAAGUAAUAUAAUUAUAGUGAAGCUGU